UUCAUUUUUACUUUUAGUGAGGUGCACAUACAGUAUGAUGUUGUGCUGUGAUGACGUAUUCUGUUUACAUACUUUUACAAAUAACUCGUAAUGAAUUAUUUAAACAAAGAAUACUUACUCAAACAAUAUAUUUACAAUAUUAAUUAAAUAUUAAAUGCAUAACAAUGGCGAGUCCUCUUACAUAAGCAUCACAUUCCACUAACUGCACAUACACUGGCAGCAUGGUAGUGCAGUCUCUUUACAGAUCUAGUGAUCAGGGUUCACGUCCUGCUUCAGACUGUCAGGAAUGUGUACGUUCUCCCCAUGACCAUGUAGCUUUGUUUGGGGUUUCCUUCACGUUCCAAAGAUGUUUGGGUUAGGGAUUGUAAGUUGUGGGCAUGCUAUGUUGGUGUCAGGAAGUUGAUGAGACAUGUGGGCUGCCUUCAGCGUAAUCCUGGCUGAUUUUAUUUUAGUGAAAUGCAUUUCACUAUAUAUAUUGAAGUUUCAAUGUCUACGUGGGAAAGCUGAUCCUUGGUUUGUUGACUUCUUCGCUGACAAUCAACAGUGGUGCACCCCAAGGGAGCGUGUUUAGCCCACUGCAGUACUCUCUCUACACCCAUAACUGUGUGGUCAGGCACAGCUCAAAUGCCAUCCAUAAAUUUGUCGAUGACACAACUAUUGUUGGCAGAAUUUCAGAUGGUGACAACGUGGUAUAUAGGAGCGAGAGAUCAGCUGGUUGAGUGGCGUUGUAACAACAAUCUUGCACAUAGAAUCAAUAAGACCGAGGAAUUGAUUGUGGACUUCAGGAAGAGGAAGUUGAGGGAACACACAAAAGUCCUCACUGAAGUAUCAGCAUUAGAAAGGGUGAACAGUUUCAGUCUUUUGGGUGUCAACAUCUCCAAAGGUCCAAUAUAUUGAUGCAAUUGUGAAGAAGGUUUGCCAGCAGUUAUAUUUCAUCAGGACUUUGAGGAGGUUUGGUAUGUUACCAAAGACUCUCACAGUUGUACUGUGGCAAGCAUUCUGACUAGUUGCAUCACCAUCUGGUAUGGAGGGUCAUUGUUCUGGAUCAGAAAAAACUGCAGAAAGAUGUAAGCUCGGCCAACACCAUCAUCAACACUAGCCUCCCUGGCAUCGAUGACACCUACAAAAGGCAAUGCCUCAGGAAGGCAGAAUCCAUCAUUACAGCCAUCACCAACAUGCCGUCUACUCAUUGCUGCCACAAGGAGGAGGGACGGGAGCCUGAAGACACACACUCAACAUUUCAGGAACAUCUUCUUCCCUGCCACAAGAUUUCUUAAUGGACAGUGAGCCCACGAUUACUACCAGUUAGUGGAGUGAAGUGAUGAUGGUGCUAAACGGUGACUCCUUUGCUUGCAUCUUUGGAAACAGCUCUAUUUCCAUCUUUAAUAUCUCUAUUUUUCCCUUUUAGGGUCCUUUUGAAGACCCUGACCUGGAGUUACAUGCUGACUAUGGUUCUUUGUGGGAAUGGGACCCGCUCUCAGGAUUUCACAACUGGCCAUUGUUCGGCACACCAAGGGCUUGGCUUAAGAGUUCGGCUCAACUUUGGAGGCCUAGGACCCCGGGGCUCUGGGGGUGGGUGGAUCGAAAGUUGGUGUCACAGCAGGAGAUCUGUGUGUCGUCGGGGGAGUAGGAAUAUCUACAGCUGUGUGCCCAGAGACCCGAGAUCUUUGGGCACAGAGCUCGAGAAAAGCUCGACGUAACGGACUUCCAAUAUCAUAAACCAACGAGUUGCUUGUUAUGUCUCCCCUCUCACUGUGAAACGGAGACAUCGCUUUCUCUGUUAUUGGGGGGGGAGAGCCUGUGGGAAGUCGAAUACCGGGUGAAACAUGAAGUCUUUGAGAUAACUAAGUCCAUGUCGUUGGUGUUGCUUUGCUCAUGCUCGGUGGUGGGUGCCGAUGCUUUUUUGUUGCCAGUCAGGGGAGGGGGAAUUGUUGUUUUCUGCCACUUAUGCGCCAGAGUGAGGGGAAGCAGGGGAGAGCUUUGAGAUUCUAACAUUUAAUACAUUAUAUAAUUAUAACAUUAUAUACAUUUCUCUGACAUUAAAUGUACCUUUGAAACCUACCUCGCUAUUUUGUUUGAACGAGUACAGAGAAAAAUUAUCUGUGAUACUGAGACUUAAGGACCUGACCUAGGGAAAGAUUGAAUAGGUUUGGAGUUUAUUCCCUGCAGGGUAGGAGCAUGAGUGGAAAUUUACAGUAGUAAACAAGAUUAUGAGUGGUAUAGAUAGGGUAAAUACAUCAGACUUUUUUUCCCUGAGGUUAGGUUAGACUGGGACAAGAGGUUAGAUGUUAAGGGUGAAAGGUGAAAUGUUUAAGGGAACAUGAGGGGGAACAUCUUCCCUCUGGGGAGGUGAGAGUGUGCAAAAAGCUGCCAGCGGAAGUGGUUGAUGUGUGUUCAAUUGCAAUUAUUAGAGGAUAUUGGAAAGGUACAUGAAUGACAGGGAUAUGAAGGACUAUGGUAUGAGUGUGAAUAGAUGGAACUUGGCAGAUGAACGGGCUGGGCUGAAGGGCCUAUUUCUGUACUAUGAUGAUCUGUGACUCCAGUUCAGAACCAUUUUGUCUUGAUUCUCAAGAUGAAAGAAUCAUUUCUCAUCUCAGUGUUUAAUUUUGAGGCUGAUUCGUGGUUCCGGAAACCGUACAGCAAACGUACGCGCGGGUGCAUUAGAUGGUUAAAAUUCCUAAAGUUGCUUUUCAGCGAUCAGACUUUGGACUUGUCCAGCUGCUCUUCUGCCCACCCAUGGAACCCAUCAAUCCAAUUCCUUUGUAAUUCAAUUCCCAUUUGUACUAGUUACUGGGGCCCCUCUACGCUUCCACAAAUUUUAAUAAAAUUCUAUUUCAUCUAAAUUCGCACAUUACGUUCCGAGCGAAAACGUGUUUCUAACUACAGAUUAUUACAAAUCUUCACUUUGUACCUAGAAACAACUUUUCACUCUGACCAUGAGACAGAAAAGUGCAACUUGCUCGCGGUUCGUCAGAUAAAUCACUCUAAAUAUUAUUACAAGUUUUCCUGUGUCAAAAACAAAUCCCGCCCCACACGCUCCGAUUGGCUGGACGACCGGCCUCCUGCCGAGUCUUUCUUUAAUCCCAUUGGUUCAGAUAGCAAUGCUGACUAGCAGAGUACCCUUCCGGUGACGCAACAGGUAGGAGACGGGAGGGCGGUAGUUUGGCAAACUACGGAAGUGUCAUCGGAUUCGCACAUUUCAGGUAUGAAACUACAGAACGUUGCAGUACCACCUGUCACUUGAGGUCCCGUCUGCCCAGUCCGCUGCAGCUGAUCGCAUGCUCGGCCAGGCGUGGCCCUAUCACCUGAGGGUAAAGCUGCUUUAGCCCACCUGUUAAAUUGGUGCACCAGGGGGUGGCCACUGUCACAUGCGAACACCUACUUGGAGCCAACAGGACCUGGAUAUCACCGAACAGAACAGGAGGGUAUUUAUCUGUUGUGGACAGUAUUUCUAACGUCCGGGUGAAUGGAGUGGCUCUGAGGCACAUGUACUGUACCGGCAGUGUCCCAGUUCACUGACUGUGGAAACAACUUCAUAAAGAUGAAUAAUCUGAAAUGAAAACUCUGCCUUUCACAGUGAGGAGGAACUGUGCAUGGGUUCCAUAUAUGGAGGAGAGUUGUGUUCGUUCCUCAGUCUCGAAAGACACAAGGGCACUCAGACCAUGGAGAAACUGUGCAAAUGUCGGGAGUGUGGGAAACGAUUCAGCUACCCAUCCCAGCUGGAAACUCAUCAACGGACGCACACAAAGGAGAGGCCACUCACCUGCUCCGCGUGCGGCAAGGGCUUCACUCAGUCAACCCACCUGGAGACCCACGUCCUGGCGCACACGGGGGAAAGGCCAUUCGUUUGCUCGGUGUGUGGAAAGCAGUUCACUCGGACGUCCAACCUGCUGAGACACCAGCGGGUUCACACCGGGGAGAGGCCGUUCUCCUGCUCCUUGUGCGGGAAGAGAUUCACUCAGAUGUCCAGCCUCCAGAAACACCAGCUCGUUCACUCUGAAAAGAGAGCGUUUAAUUGUUCUCACUGUGAAAAAAGCUUUAAAAGCUCGGAGGUUCUGGUGAGGCACCUGCGUAUCCAUACGUGGGAGAGGCCGUUCACCUGUAAUGCCUGCGGGAAGGGAUUCACUCAGUCAACCCAUCUGCAGAUACAUGAGCGAGUUCACACAGGGGAGAGACCGUUCUGUUGCUCCACUUGCGGGAAGGGAUUCACUUGUUCAUCAAACCUGCUGACGCACCGGAGAGCUCACACUGGGGAGAGGCCUUUCACCUGCUCUGUAUGUGGGAAUGGAUUCUCUCAGCUAUCCCACCUGCAGUGCCAUCACCAGCGAGUUCAUACUGAUGAGAGAACGUUUCAUUGCUCCAAAUGUGGGAACAGUUUCAAAAACUCAGGAGAUCUGCUAAGUCACCAGCUUGUUCACUCGAGGGAGAAACUGUUCAGUUGCUGCGUCGGUGAUAAGGGAUUCAGUCAUUCAUCCAACCUGCUGCGGCACCAGCGGAUUCAUCCUGGGACACUCCCUCUGUCUUGUUCGGUGUGUGGGAAGGGAUUCACUCAGUCGUCCCGUCUACUGUCACACCAACAAUUUCACAAACGAUUGCAGAGUUUUGAUUCUGCUCAUAAGUCAGCUGUUAAUCACAGCCAGAGCUGACCAUUGUGACAUUUCGAUCCUGAUUGUAAUAUUGAUCAUCUGCAGUUUAAAAGUGUGAAAUCAGCUUUCUUUUAAAUAACAUUGGUUUACUCCUUGAAGUUCAGAAAUUGAACUAAAUACAUCUUUGAACUGAAUUUCUAUAGCUUGUUAAGAGUUGGAAUGACAUCACUCCUCUUGUUUUGUCACUGCCAGGGUCAGAUUAAUGAGCCAGAUCAAAUCUUGCUCAUGAAAGAUUUCCGUAUGUGAAUGGAUACUGCUAUUCUUAAUCAUGAAGGCAUAAAUACAAAAUUUUCUACUAAAAUUUCUAGCAACAAUAAAGGUUUCCUCCUUAAAAGACCAUAAGACAUAGGAGCGGUUUUAGGACAUCUGUCCCAUCGAGUCUGCUCCGCUAUUCGAUCAUGGUUGAUCCUUUUCUAUUAUCUCCUCCUCAACCCCAGUUCUCGGCCUUCUCCCUGUACCCUUUGAUGCCACGUCCGGUCAAGAACCUAACAAUCGCUGCCUUAAAUACUCCCAACGACCUGGCCACCACAGCUGCACGUGGCAACAAAUUCCACAAAUUCACCCUUUGGCUAAAGAAAUUUCUCCACAAAUCUGUUUUGAAAGGGCGCCGCUCUAUCCUGAGGAAUGUGCCCUCUUGUUUAGACUCUCCCACCAUGAGAAACAUCCUUUCCACAUCUACUCUGUAGGCUUUUUUUUUAAAGUAUAGAAUUGUGACCGACAACUUUGCAUUCGUAGCUUGAAAUCAUCUUUUCAGCCCUUAACCAUCUAAAAAGCUCAGCAACAAUCUCUAAUUUUAUCCAUUCAGUAUUUCAUCAUUGAUUUUCAAAUAGUCACUGCUUUGAAACGGUUCGUAUUCUGAUUGUUGGGAUUAAUGUGACAUGUUAUAUUGUUUCUGAAAUACUGGUCUUUAUUUACCACGUCCUAGAUGCAGAUGUGCCUCAAGACUUUUUGAUAUGUUGAUAAUCAGCAGAGAAAUACUUGCUCACAAAUAAAUGUGCUUGCCAGAGUUAAGGGUCCUCUCUGGGUAACUGACUCGUUUUCUUUUUUUUUCCCAAAACUUUUCAGAAAUCAAGAGAAUUGCAAAAGUUCUGCAGAAUUUCUUAAGCUUAUUUGCCAGGAAAGAGCAAGUCAGUAAGUUUGAAAUGAAUACUUGAUUUAAAGUGGGUCAGCCAAC